CGGGAGACUGCGCGUGCGCGGCCGCCUGACCGUGUUCCGGGAAGAACGUUCCCAGCCUCCUUGUCUCGCUGGGCAGCAUGAAGGCCGGAGAGGAAGCCGGAGGAGCGGACAGCGAGGGGCCACGGAAGCUAGGACUCUGCGUCCUCUGCGGCCUGCCUGCUGCAGGAAAAUCGACCUUCGCGCGGGCCCUGGGCCACCAGCUGCGGCAACAGCGCGGCUGGGCAGUCGGCGUCGUCGCAUACGAUGACGUCAUGCCGGACGCUUUCCUCGAGCAGCCCUCUCAGUGGAAAUUGCUUCGACAGGAACUGUUGAAGUACCUAGACUGCUUCUUGAUGGCUGUCGUUAACGAGUGUCAGAUGUCUGCCCCACCCGACAGAACUGAAGCCAUGUGGGAAGAUUUUAUUACUUGUUUAAAGGAUCAAGAUCUGGUAUCUUCUGCAGCGCUUGAGGCCCAGUCUUGCUACCUCUUAACGAAGACUGCUGUUUCCAGAUCUUUGUUUUUGGUUUUGGAUGACAACUUUUAUUAUCAAAGCAUGAGAUAUGAAGUCUACCAGUUGGCUCGGAAAUAUUCAUUAGGCUUUUGCCAGCUCUUUUUAGAUUGUCCUAUUGAGACCUGUUUACAGAGGAAUGGCCAGAGGCCAAGGGCAGUGCCAGCUGAGACCAUUCAUCUGAUGAGAAGAAAGAUAGAAAAGCCCAACCCUGAGAAAAAUGCUUGGGAACACAACAGCCUCACAAUUCAGAGUCCCGCGUGUUCUUCCGAAGCCAGCCUGGAGGUGACUGAUUUAUUGCUUACUGCUUUGGAGAAUCCAGUAAAAAAUGUCGAGGACAAUUGGGAACAGAAGGAAACAGACAGAAUUAUUUGUUCAGCUAGUACUCUUCAUCAAGCUGAUCAGAUGCUCCGAAGAAUUAUCUCUCAGACAAUGAAGGAAGCAAAAGGUGAACAAGUGCCUCCUUACAACUUGAAGCUUCUAGCAGAAGAACUUAACAAGCUCAGAGCAGAGUUUUUGGAAGACCUAAGACAAGGGAGCAAUAAAAAGUAUCUGUGCUUUCAGCAAACCACUGGCAUAUCAGAUGUCAUUUCUUUUUUUCAUUAUGAGAAAGAUAACAUUGUACAGAAGUAUUUUUCAACGCAGCAUUAA